GUAUGGGAGAAUGAAAUUCGUAAAGCUCUGAUGCCAGUAACACCACAGUCUAGUGCCACACCUACAUACCCACAGCAGCAACUGGGUAUGGACAAGGAGGAGGCCACCUGUAAUGACAUCUCUCAGAUUUAUCAAAUAUUUCCCGAUGAAGUCCUGGGGUCGGGUCAGUUUGGUAUUGUUUAUGGAGGUGUUCAUCGCAAGUCGUCUCGUGCUGUUGCUAUUAAAGUGAUAGACAAGUUAAGGUUUCCUACUAAACAAGAAGCGGCACUCAAGAACGAGGUCGCUAUUCUGCAGAAUCUCAGCAACCCG